AUCCAACCUUCAUUUACAAUUGUUUUACCAAUGGUCAGACGGGGUUUCGGUAACAAAUCCAAAGGGUGGAUAUCGUCGGAAAUGUAUUCAAGCAUCUCACUUCUACCCGAACAAAACCAGUGAAGAGAUGUUUCAGACCUCUAAGACUGUCUCACCUGUUGGGAUGGAAUCUCCAUAUGAAUCUAUUGUAACUGGUUGUACUGCUAUUUGUUAUAAGGAUGUAGGCCACCUUAUGUCACAUUCUACGUUCUAUCAGUUAGUAUCACAUUUUAAAAAAGGAGCUUUCCAAUCUGAUGAAGAUGGAUUCACAACUCAUCAAGCUAUUGAAGAUAUCCGCAAAGCUGUGAUUUCAAGCAUUAAUACUCCGUCAGGGAGAAGAACCCUUUUCGGAUUUUCUAGUUCGGAAAACUUUACUGAACAUAGUAAUUCUGGGGAGAAGCUGUCUCAAUGCCGAUCUCUUUUGUGUCUCACGGAGUUACUGAAAAUAUUUGUUCGUGAUUCUGAUCUGAAUGUAAUCCUGUGUUCACUAGAAAUAGCAACACUACUUACUCAACCGUUUCAAUGUACAGUUGCUAUAAGCUUUAGUAAAUCACCAUGCACAAAGAUUGAUAAUUUGGGUGCUGAUGAUUCAGAUUGGUUUGCUCACCAACUUCUGGAUAUGAUAUUUUUCGCUUUGAGUGAUACUAGAUUGGCUGUUCGAGUAGCCGGAACCAGGCUUUCUAUUGCAGUUGCAAGUUUACCAUUUUGUGCUAUGAUAAUUGUUCGUGAAGUGGUGGGUCGAGUCCUUACUUACUAUUCUGAUUACAGCACAAAUAAGUCAAAUAAUGGAGAGGAAUGCGUACAUUUUAAACUCUCUACCGACAGAAUGCAUCGACUACAUCAAGAGUCUGUUGAUCUUAUUACCUCACUACUUUUAACGCUUCCUAGCUCGGAGUUCGACUUGCGUGAAGUUUGUAAACUGGUCGUUCUCCCAGGAUUAACUGACCUCAAGUUAUGGGUACGUAUUGCAACAUUAGAUUGUGUCGCUGUGGUAGCUCAUCAUCUUGGUAUUGAUAAUUUGAAUUGUUUACUAGCUGCUGUAUCAGAUGCAGAUAAUUUUUUAUUAAAAACUUCCGGGAAUUUUUUACAACAAACUUAUUUAGAAAAAGAUAACAAUUGUCAUUCCAGUGUGAAAUAUUCAACAUUAUUAGAAGCUGUACAAAAACGUUUGGUUAAAUGUCAUUUACCACAGUUGGAUAAUCAAUCACGUGUGAUACGAUCCAAUAAUUAUAAUGUACCUGGUGCAUCAAUAUUAGCUAAUACGUUGGGAUUAAGUUCAAAACAGAUUACUGAUUUAUAUAAUUCCACUGACGACACUGGUGGUACUACUACUACUACUACUACUACUACUACUACUACUACUACUACUACUACUACUACGAAUACACCACCUUCGUCACAAUUGUCAAUUUCUACAACUCAAUUAGAUCUAUUAUCAAAUUUUGCAACAGAUCAAAAAGUAAAAUCUAAUUAUCGUCGUCGACCUAGUGCUGGUUUAACGCGUAGACAAAAACAAAUCCCAUGGGAUCCACGUAUCAGUAUUGAUUUGUCUAGUUCAUAUCCGAGUAAAGCAUCUGCAUCAUCAGCAUCAGCAUCAUCGUCGUCAUCAUCACGUUUAAUUCGUCGUAAUUCUAAUUGUUCUUUAUUCCCUGAUAGUAAUAAUAAUAAUAAUAAUAAUAAUAACUCUACUAAUUUAUCAAUUAAAAAUCAUCACAUUACUAAUCAUUUUGUAAAUAAUACCGAAAAUGAUAUGUUGACCGAUCACAAUCAUGGAUACAAUCCACAAUUGUAUAAAAAUUUCGAAGAUAAUCAUUGUAACAAGGUUAACACUAAACAUAAUAAUAAUAACAAUAAUAAUGAUAUUGAUAAUAGUAAUAAUCAUAAUGAACAUGUUAAUCAUGAUGUUAAAAUGGAUUAUAAUAAUCGCAUUAAAAAAUCCAAUUCAAUGCAUCGUACCAAUAUUGUCAACAAUGGUAAACAUAAUAAUUCUCAACAGCUACAAUUACAAUCACAACUCGAAUCACAACAGCAACAACAAGAUUAUUUUAAUAAAACUAUACAUAAUUCUGUAAGUCUUAAUAAUAUCAAGUCAGAAUUGAUUAAUCAAGCAUCAGUGAAAUAUUUCACGCCUAAAUCACAAUUAUCCGAAUUUUCUACACAAAGUUUACCAGCUUCUCCGUUAUCUUUAGAUUCAUCCCCUAUAGAAUUGACCAAAUUGUGUCCUCUACGUUCUCCCCCCAGUAUGGCUAAGUCCGGGUCGAACAAUGAAGGACCAAGCCCUUUUAAUACUCCACGCCGUAAACCCCGUUUAGCACCGAUUCGUCAGUCAGAUCAUUCCAUACUUUGGACAUCACAAGAUCAAUUUAUUCCAAGCUCCCAUCUAAAUUCCACAUAUCCUGCUUCAUUAUUACCAACUCGAGCUACUCUAGUACGUCAAAGUGGUCGGACACGUUCAAUGCUAAAUCAAUUAUUGCAUAAUAUUGAUACAAAUAUGGAAAAUUAUAAUAUAGAAUAUAAUAAUAUUAAUAAAUUAAUCACACCUUUAAAUACUACUCAUCAUUCUAUUACAUGUAUAUCAUCGAAAGAAGUUUUGAAUAAUAAAUUGAAUCGUAAUAUUCAAUCGGAUAGAACAAUGACAAUAUCAGCUAACAACGUGAAUAAUAAUAAUAAUAGUAAUAAUAAUAAUAAUAAUAAUAAUCAUCUUAAUCAUACUCAUAACAAUAUGAUUGGUACAACCAGUAGUAGUAGUAGAUCAACUAUGGAAUAUGAUCCAUUUUAUUAUAAUCAUUUGGAUGGAAAUAUUACAGGCGAUGAAGAGAUGAUUUACGAUGAAGAUUAUGAAUCGGAUAAAGAAUUUAUCAUUGAUGGCAGCGGUAAUGACACUAGUCGAACAAUCAAUAAUAAUAAUGAUCAUGAUAGUAACAAUAAUAAUACUCCAACAUUUUGGCGAUCGAAUCGAUCAAGAAAACCGAACUCGUUGCCUUCUAGUGCAUUACCAUUGGAUUUAGAUAAUACUGAUUCAGCUUUACCGAAUUCACCAAGUUCUGAAAUGCCUGAAUUAUCAAGUAUACGCAGUGCUGCAUCUCAUAGACGUGCAAUGAAAUUAUUUGAAGAAGCUGAAAAAACGUAG